GCCUUCUUCCUCCCACAACCCGUCGUCGGAAAACGGACCACCCUGACGGAAAAAAUUCUCCGCCUCUGCGUCUGCUUGCCCUUGACCACGCGGGCGCUGUUGAAACCCGCCCCCACGCGGCCCUCUGUCCCCGCCCUGCCGAAACCCUAAGCCGCCGUCGCCCCUGGCCCGCGGAUGAACCCCCUCCGCGAAAGGAUUGUCGACGGUCAUGGUAUCGUCAGAAUCAUCGCCGGUCUGGAGUGGGGGUGGUGAACGCCGGCGGGGCGCCCCGCCGAACCCGCGGCCACCACGACCUCCCCGCUGUCCCCCGCGUGUGCCCCGGUCAGCCCCAUCGCGGUUUCGUCGCAUCUCUUCCAUCAAAUCGCGCAUCGUCA